AUGGAAGGCGAUCAGAAUUCUAAGAAUGCCUCGAAUGAGGAUUACAUGGGAGCAUGGGGAGAUGAAAUACCAGAUUUUCUCCAAUCUUCAGCACCAGCUUCUUCAGCACAACCAAAGCCAGUUAAAAAAAGUAAACAAAAAGGAAAAGGGAAGAAAAAUAAACAGAAACCGAAGAAAGCUCCUGUUCCAAAACCAAUUGUAGAAGAGACUAAGCAAGUUAAUGAAAUCCCCCAAGCAAGCACUGCCAUGGAACCAGAUUUUGAAGCUCCUGCUCCUCAAGAAACUAUCCAAAAAGUCCAACAGAAACAAAAGCCAAUUCAACCUGAACCCUCCUCAACAGCAGAGGUUGCUAAAGAAGAAACAAAUGUUGAAGGAAAGGAGCUAAAUAUGGAGGAAAAUAAGCAAAAUAUCCCCAUCGAGAACCAAUCUCCAGCUGAAAAUGCCCCUGAAGAAUCACCUGAAGGAGCCACCCAAGAAGCACCAGAAGAAGACAAGAAGGAAGAAACCGAAGAAGAGCGUAAAAAGAGAGAAGAAAAGGAGAAAAGGGCCAAAAAUAUCGAAAUCCUAGAGAAGCAAAUUCAAGAAGAGGAGUCCAUGAUGUUUGACUGGGGGAAUCUCGAAGAGACUAUGGAAAAACAGAAGUUUAUCGACUCAUUAAAGGAAGAGCUUUAUUACCUCAAGAACCCUAAUAAGAAGAGAAAGAAGAAAAAGAAGGCUCCCAAAAAUAAUAAGAAAUUAAUGGUUAAUAUCCUCAAACCCCAGAUGUCUAAAAAUACAAUUGUAAAGGAGCAACUAAUGACAGAAAAAUCUGUUAAAUUAUGUAACGAUCCUGAUUUUGAAGUUUCUAACAUCAAGCUGGAUAAGCUACAGAAGGGAAUGUUCAACAGGUCAAACAACUGUUUUAUGAAUGUGAUCCUUCAGAGUUUGUACUCUAUUCCAGUUUUCUACAACUUCUUGGCCCACCUUAAUGACCAGAUUGAGUCAAAUCCUUUAUUGAAAGACAUUUUUGACAGGAACUCUGAUGAUAACCUGUUGAUUGCUAAUUUCCUUGAAUUAGCCAAAUGUUUUAGUCCUGACACAGGAGGAAUCACAAAUAUGCUUCAUUAUGGAGAUAAGGUCAUCAAUGUAGAAGAGAUUUUCAAAACUCUACUCAUGAACUUCAACCCUGACAAGCAGCAACAAGAUUGUCAUGAAUUCCUUGGACUAAUGCUCGACACUCUGAAUAAUGAGCUUAACGAAAUCUUGGAAAAGGUAGGCAUCUCCACCAAAAGCCAAUCUCUUAAGAACACUAGUGUCGGACCUGCUGCCGAAGAAUGGGAAGAGACUGGAAAGAAAAAGCUUAAAAUCAAGAACAAGGCAGAAGAUCUUAUCAAAAAUAGCCCUAUUUUUGAGAUAUUCGGUGGAUGAAUGAGAGAAGACAUUAAUGUUGAAGGAAAACACAGCAACAACGCAAGAGUACAGCCAUAUCUGUACCUAAGUCUCCCAAUCACAAUGGAAUGCUCCAUAGAUUCCUCUUUGAAGCAGUACUUUGAACCAGAGGAGCUAGAAGGGUUCAAAUUUGGAAAGAAAGAUGCCUAUGCCACUAAGAAACAAUCUUUACUGACUAUCCCAAACAUUCUGAUUCUGCACGUGAAAAGGUUCAUAUACACCGACAGAGCUGUUAAGACAGGGGAAACAAUAUAUUAUCCUGAUAUCCUUGAGCUCCAAGAUGAGUACUUCGCCCCUGAACUCCAAGAAGAACGUAAGAAUAUCAGAAAAGAAGAAGAGAAAGCUGAAAAGGCUAAAAAGGAUGCCUUAGAAGCAAAGAAGGCAUCUGCCCCUGAAGAAAAGAAGGCAAAGAAAAAGAAAUCCAAAGCUAAAGCCAAGAACGGAGUCAAGGUCAAUAUUAUAGAACAAUCGGAAGAGGAGAAGAAAGAAAUGAAUGAUUACAAACAUCUUGAAAAAUAUGAACUCAUAGGUGUCAUUGUUCACAAGGGAACAUCUGUCCUCAAAGGUCAUUAUGUCACCUUUGUUAAGGAUGCAUAUGGAAACUGGGUUCUGUAUGAUGAUAAGGAAUGUAAGAAUGUCACUGCCAAUCUUGUCCUUGACCAACAAGCUUAUGUACUGAUCUACCGUAAGUUCUAGCCCAGGAAGAUCUCAUGUUGUAAAAUCUAUCAGGAAAUUCAAUUUUGCAAUAA